AUGGCGAACCCCAGAGUCGAGGAGCUCCCCGAUGAGGAGACUGUGCAGAAGCCCACCGUAGAAGAGCAGGAGGACAGCAGCGAUGACUCUGAUGUUGAGGAGGGCAACCUGCCCGCUGGCUCUACUGCUGUGAUCCACAACCGCAACGAGAAGAAGGCUCGCAAGGCCAUCGAGAAGCUGCACCUUACUCGAGUUCCUGGUAUUACCCGUGUCACUCUCCGCCGACCCAAGAACAUCCUGUUCGUCAUCAACAAUCCUGAGGUCUACAAGUCCCCCAAUAGCAAUACGUACAUUGUUUUCGGAGAGGCCAAGAUCGAGGAUGUGAACGCUACCGCCCAGCAGGCCGCUGCCGCUCAAAUGGCCGCUGCUAAUGCCGAGGCCGAGCACGCUGGUCACAACCAUAGCGAGUCUAGUAAGGCCGCUGAGUCUGGAGACGCUAAGAAGGACGACGACGACGACGACGACGACGACGAUGGCGAAGAGGUUGAUGCAGAAGGUCUCGAGGAUAAGGACAUUGAGCUUGUCAUGACCCAGGCCAAUGUCAGCCGAAAGAAGGCCGUGAAGGCACUCAUAGAGAAUGACAAUGAUAUCGUCAACUCGAUCAUGGCCCUUAGUAUUUAA